AUGCCAGGAACAUUGUGUAAAGACGCUAUUAAGAACUGGGAAGCUGAGAACGAAGGUACUCCUGCUUCAGAAGCUAAGAUUGUUAAACUCUAUGCUCAGAUUCCCCCAAUUGAGAAGAUGGACGAAUCUUUGAAUGUUCUUGAGGCUUGAGAGCAUCUAUCACUUAGUACCAAUUCCAUCGUGAGGAUGAUAUCUCUACCUAAGUUAAAAUAACUUGAAAAUUUUAUCUAUUGGACGUAAUGCCAUCAACAGAAUUAUCGGUCUUGAAGAUAUCGGCCAAACUUUGGAGCAACUCUGGAUGUCUUACAACUCAAUCGAAAAGUUAGACGGACUUCAGCCAUGUGUUAAACUUCAUACAUUGUUCUUGUCCAACAAUAAGGUUGCUAAGUGGGAUGAAGUAGCUAAGCUUUCCCAGCUCACUGAACUCAAGAAUGUGCUCUUGAUUGGUAACCCUAUCUAUGGUGAGAAAGAAAAGGCAGAGAUGAAGCCACAUGUUAUCAAAAGAAUCCCCCAGAUUAAGUACGUUGACGGAGUUCUUAUUGAUGAUGAUGACAGAAAAGCUGCUGAGGAAUUAGAGUAA